AUGAUGCUACCUGAUGGUAAGAAGAGAGGGAUGGUUAAUGGAUUUAACCCAUCACCAGCUGAAAAUGGGUUCAAUAUCGGUCCAGGGUUAGCCGCACCAAAUAUGGCAGCAAUGUCAUCUAGCGUAUUAAAUGGACCAGAACCAAAACAUGAUCCGUAUCUGGUAUCCCCUUCUAACUCCAGUAGCCCUAACGAGACAGAACAAAGAUCAGGAAUGAAAAGAGGGCCAGAAGAUGGGUAUGAGAAUGAAGCACGAGGUAAAAAGGAUGGUUCUCAAGGAGUACGAAAGCGGAAUCGAGCUAUAUUGAGUUGUCAGACCUGUCGCCAAAAGAAGACUAGAUGUAAUAGAGAGAUGCCAUGUUCUCAAUGUGUGAAGAAUAAUGUUGGACAUUUGUGUAGUUAUAAUUAUCAGAAGGAUGGGUCUAGUAAUGGCAAUGAAUUAGAUAAUGGUAAUCUGAAUUAUCAUGGAGUUAAUGAAGAAAUCAUGAUCUUAAGGAAAAAAGUCCAAGAAUUGGAAGCAAGAGAAGCUUCGUAUAAAGAUUCAAAGAGUAAAGAAACUAAUAUUAUAUUACAAGGAUCAAGAUCGGAAUUAUUAAUCGGAAUUAAUCCGGUCUGUCCAUCGAAAGAUGUAAUUGAUAUUAAUGACACUUUAGCCAAAGUUGGUAAAUCAAAGGCUUCAUUUUAUUUCCCUAAACCUUUAAGACAAGAUCCUGGCUUAAAUGUAUUUUGGAUGUUAAAUUCAAACCCAUUAGUUAAAAGAUGUAAUUUUACGACUCUAUUAUCAAUGACAACUCUUGAUCCAUCGACUAAUUAUAAUAAUACGGUUAGGAUUUUGGAAAAAUUGCAAAAUCAAUAUGGAGAUCAAUUCAUUCAACAUCCAUUUCAAGGAUCGAUUUAUAAUUCAAAAACAAUAAGAAUAGCAAUUACAAAAUAUGGUAAACCUUUAGGCCAUACGAUCAAUGAACUUUACGACGAUAAUGAAUCACUUUUAUUAUCUUUACAAAGAUUGUUACCUGGGAAGAUGAUUCUUGAUCAAUUAAUUGAUCGAUUCUUCAAGAAAUUAUAUCCAUUUUUCCCAAUUGUUGAUGAAAAAAUAAUUUCGGCUGAAUUUGUCAAAAUCUUUCAGUUUGGUUCUAACGGAUUUUUGGAAAAUAUCAAAGUAAAACAACAAUCUGAUUUGGCCAAUUUAAUCAUCAUUCUAGUAAUCUUAAGAUUAUCAUACCAAUCAAUAUUUAAAAAUGAUAUUAUUAAAAAUAAAGAAAUGCUUGAUUCCACUGGUACAGUUGAAUCUAUUUUGCUAUCAAAUCCGAUUUCACUUGAUGUUAUUGAUGUAGUUGAUAGAUAUUUAAAAGAGUUUAAUUGUGUUAGAAGACAAUCAUUCGAAGUUCUUCAAGCAUUUUUAAUGAGAAGAGUGUAUAAGAAAGUUGGAGCUGAAGAAGGUGAUGGUCCACAAAGUUGGGAUGCUCAAGCAUUUAAUGGUUUAAUAAUAAAUAUGGCAAUUGCAAAUGGCUUGAAUAGAGACCCCGAUUACUAUUAUGAUAAUACCUUAAGUGAACGAGAUAAAUUAUUAAGAAGAAAAGUAUGGUAUUUUUUAGUCAAUUUAGAUAUAGCUUCGUCACUAUCAUUUUCAUAUAGCUUAUGCAUAUCAAAAGAUGAUUAUGAUACUAAAUUACCAACAUUGAAAACAGAAGCUUCAAAUAUUGAUGAUUACGAAUUAGAAAAAAAAGUUAUUCAAAGUUUUUCGAUCAAAUCUACUAUCUUAGAGCCAUUAUCAGACUUAUGUCAAGAAAUUGGAGAGUUUGAAAGUCGUAAGAAAGUUAAUCAAAUGUUAAUACAGGUGAAUGAUUUAGAAAACCUAAUUUUAAAAAAUUUAGGAACGGUUGGUGAUUAUACCAGCUCUAAAAAAGGCAGACAAGAUUUUCUCAAAAUUACAAAAUUUCAAUUGAAUCUUUAUUUAUCUCCUUUAUUGGUUCUUUUGAAACAUACAAUAUUGUAUGGUGCCAUCAGUUUUACUAUUAGGCUAUACUCAACAUUAAGAACAUUGAAAAGAGAUCCCUUGUUCGAAGAAAAUUAUAAUAAAAUCAUAUCACACCGAGAAUUCGUGGAACUCUUGACUAGAAUCAUUGGUUUGAAUGCUAAGACUUUAAAACAAAAUAUCAAGUUCUUUGGGGUAUUAUCAAGAAGAUACUUUUGUGCUUGGAAAUCAAGAAAAGUUCAUGUUUAUGGUGUUGAGUUGAUUUCCAAUGAAUCUAUAUAUGAUUUCAAUCCUAAAAUGACCGAUCGUGCUAAGUUUAAUUACUCCAUCAAUCAUUUCAAAGAAUUUGAGUCAAUAUUCGAACAAUAUUUAACCAGGUUGACUUUAUCAAGUUCAUUAAACAUAAAUUUGACAGUUACCAACGAAGAUUAUUCUUGCUUAAAAGCUACUAAGAUUAAUGAGUUCGACCCAAAGAAUAUAACCAUCAGAAUGAUGGAAAUGAUUCAAAAUGAUCAUUUUUGGUUACAGAUUAGUAAAAGCCAACAAGAGACUGAUACUUUAUCAAAUGCUUUCAAAUCUGAAUUAGAACAAACUUCCCCGUCUUCUGAUAUCAACCCUGCCUUAGGUGGUAACUUAUUACAUGAAUAUUUCGACAUGUUUGGAAGCACCUGGAGUGAUGAUAAUAUAUUCGACGAUUUGAACCCUCUACAAUGA